GUCGGGCAACAAACACCGUUACAUUUGUAGUUUGGGAUCUAAAAAUAACCCACAACAGCACUUAAACGCGUGCUUGGCUCACUACCAUUUGUCAAAACUCUGCUUGGGGUUGGAGGAUAAAUUAGAUAUGAAUGUUCCUGCGGGAUUUCGAGCGGAUUCGUUAGCUCCCAAGUAGUGAUUCCGGUUCAGUGGGAAGGUUUGAACUGUUCUCUGGAAAGUGACCAUUGUUGAAAUCAGGUCGAGGCUGUUGUCAUCCCCACUGGCUGACUUUCUUACUUUCUUUUUUUACGGAUUUAAAACAAAAAACAGUGCAAGCUUUUUGGUGUCAUGAAAGAAAUGUCAAGCGCCAUGCCUGGUGGGCAGCAGCCUCAGAAACACUAUGGCAUCACCUCGGCCAUCAGCCUGGCUCCCCCACGAGAAAUAGACCAUUUGUACACCAAGAAACUCUGUGACGCUAUGAAACCUUUCGGUGUCUUUGAGGACGAAGAGGAGCUGAACCACAGACUCGCUGUUCUUGGGAAGUUGAAUAACUUGGUUAAAGAAUGGAUCGCAGAGAUCAGUGAAUUAAAGAACCUUCCACCGUCUGCUAUUAGUUGUGUUGGAGGAAAGAUUUUUACAUUUGGUUCAUACAGACUUGGAGUUCACACAAAAGGAGCUGAUAUUGAUGCCUUGUGUGUGGCGCCGCGGCACGUAGAGAGAACCGACUUUUUCCAGUCUUUCUUUGAGAAAUUGAAACAGCAUGAAGAGAUCAAGGACCUCAGGGCUGUUGAAGACGCUUUUGUACCUGUGAUAAAAUUCAAAUUUGAUGGGAUUGAGAUUGACCUGCUUUUUGCCAGAUUGGCCUUACAGUCCAUUCCAGACAACCUGGACCUGCGGGGCGACUCCAUCCUGAAGAACUUGGACAUUCGGUGCAUCCGAAGCCUCAACGGUUGUCGAGUAACGGAUGAAAUUUUAUACCUGGUGCCAAACAAAGAGAACUUCAGGUUGACAUUGAGAGCCAUCAAACUCUGGGCGAAACGUCGAGGGAUCUACUCCAACAUCCUGGGUUUUCUGGGUGGAGUUUCGUGGGCCAUGCUGGUGGCCAGGACCUGCCAGCUCUACCCCAACGCCGUAGCCGCCACACUCGUCCACAAGUUCUUCCUGGUUUUCUCAAAAUGGGAAUGGCCGAAUCCUGUGCUACUGAAACAACCUGAGGACAGUAAUCUCAAUUUACCUGUUUGGGACCCCAGAGUGAACCCGUCUGACAGAUACCACCUGAUGCCCAUCAUCACGCCCGCGUACCCCCAGCAGAACUCCACCUACAACGUUUCCACGUCAACGCGCACCAUCAUGACGGAGGAGUUCAAACACGGUCUCAGCGUCACAGACGAGAUUCUGCAAGGCAAAGCAGAAUGGCCGAAGCUCUUUGAACCACCCAACUUUUUCCAAAAGUACAAGCAUUACAUUGUUCUUACUGCCAGUGCAUCCACAGAGGAAAACCACUUAGAAUGGAUCGGCCUCGUAGAGUCGAAGAUCCGCGUUCUGGUGGGGAACCUGGAGAGGAACGAGUACAUCAUGCUGGCUCACGUCAACCCGCAGUCCUUCCCCGGCUCCAAAGACAACCGCAACGAAAACGACUUUGUCUCCAUGUGGUUUAUUGGGAUCAUCUUCAAGAAGGUGGAGAACGCAGAGAGCGUGAACAUCGACCUCACGUUUGACAUCCAGUCCUUCACAGACACGGUGUACAGACAAGCUAAUAACAUCAACAUGCUGAAAGACGGGAUGAAAAUCGAGGCGACGCACGUGAAGAAGAAACAGCUCCAUCAGUACCUCCCCCCCGAACUGGUGCAGAAGAAGAAAAGGAGCAUAGCGGAGGUGAACCGAAGCUCGAACGGUGGAAGUUCGAAGCGGAUCUCCCUGGACAGCAGCCACCUGGACAGCUCCAGAGACACCGACUCAGGGACGCCCUUCAGCUCCCCGAGCAGCAAACCCCUCAAACCCUCGUCGGACACCGACGAAGGAGCGAGUCCACCAAAGCAGAUUUUCCUGGAGACGUCUCCAGCGCCGAGUGCAGCCGCCGCCUCGCCUCAAACGAGCGCCACCGCUGCAGCAGCAGCCGUGUCAUCGAGCGCAGCAGCAGCGGCGGAGCAGCCGGCGGCAUCAGCUGCAGCUGCAGAACAAGACGCCGCUCGCUGCUCGCCGCCCGCCGGAUCGUCCAUCAGCGGCGCCCUGAGUGACGCGGUGAAGCCCAGCAGCCCUAAGGAGGAGUCCAAUGGCCUGGAGGAGCCACCCCCUGCCCCCGCCGCCACCAAGAGGCCGCACUCGCCCACGCAGGACGACUUCGCCAAGAGGCACAAGGAGUCGGACGCGGCACCCAGCGACGACUCGACAUUCAAGGAGCCGUACCCGCCGUCGUCGGACUGCAGCCCUCACGGCGAGGCACCCGGCACCCCGCCUCACUCUGGAUCAAAGGCCAAAUCCAUUCCAACCAUCGAUACCUCGAGAACGCAGAGACUUCCCAGCAUGGAGCUGCCUGACGCCUCGUCGCCGCUGCCGGCCAGCAACAGCUGCCGCGUCGUGAAGAACUCCAUCAAACUCGCGCUCAACCGUCACAACGUCACGCCGCCCAAGCCGCCGCUGUUUGACGGAACGCUGAACCCAGACGCUCCGGCCGCCAGCGAGGAGAAGGGCAUGUCCAUUCCCGUCAUCGGAUCAAAACAUGCGGCCCCUAAGCACACAGCGCCCCCUGUUGGCAGCUCCAUCCCCACGCUGGUCAGUCGAGUCGCCGACCCCCUGAACGGCGCAACCUCUAAACGACCCCACUCCCCGUCGUUGGAGGAGCAGGCGAAGCGGCUGAAGGAAACAGAGAAGGCCCGGAUUCACAUAGCCUGAACGGGCCGCACCAGAACCGCGCCGCAGUGGGCGGAGCCUCCACAGUCGAGCCAAACGGCGACAUUUUGGAUCAUCUUCAGGUCGGUCUGUGCGAACCGUGACGCAGCAGGACGGAAGCGUCGGCGCAGACGUUUCGGGUUUUCUUCCGGCGCCGACCCGCUCAGAGACACGAGAACUACAGCAGCAGUUUUUUACUCCGUCUCCUCUUCCUUUUCCAUCUGUGUUUCACAAACAUAGCCCUGGGAGAUGAGCUGUUCUUUAUGUCAGAUUCCUUUGUUUCCUUCCUUCUUUCUUUCUUUUUCAGAUGACGUUUUAAUAAUAAUAAUUAUUAUAAUAAUAAUAAUAAAAAAUAGGCGCUUCUUCUUAUUCACUCUGCUGGAGAGAGAGAGAGCUCAUGUUUGGUCAUUCUCCCACAUUUCCUUCACAUCCGUACUGUAAAUGUUGAUGUACAUAACUUUUUGUCUU